ACACAUUGCCCAACACCAUCAACUCAAACCCAAAUCCUAGUCUCUAGCAGAAACCCUGCAAUAUCGUUGAGAUCAUAUGGCACUGAAGAACAUGAAGAUCAUGGGCCUAGCGCUCCUCGCCGUCCUUGCGGCGUCGCUCGCCCCGUCGGGCUCGGCGCAGUCGACAUCGGGCUGCACGACGGUGCUCAUGACACUGACCCCGUGCCUGAACUACGUCACCGGGAACUCCUCCGCCCCCUCCUCCACCUGCUGCUCGACGCUCGGCUCCAUCGUCCAGUCGCAGCCGCAGUGCCUCUGCCAGCUCCUGAACGGCAGCGCGGCGUUUCUCGGCUACAACAUCAACCAGACGCUCGCCCUCGCGCUCCCUGGCGCGUGCAACGUGAAGACCCCAUCGGCGAGCCUGUGCAACGCACUGUCUCCAUCGAGUGCUCCAACAACAAGUCCUACUGCAGACGACAACACACCUUCUACCCCAACAUCAUCAUCAACCCCAGCUGUUCCUUCUGGGUCAAAGACAACACCUACCACAAGUGGAAGCAGUGGCAUUGGAGUGUCCCUUGGCUCUCUGCUCUUUGCCCUCAUCUUGGCUUCAUUUGGAUAAAAUCUCUUCAAAUUCUAGGAUUAGAAAUCUUAUUUAACACGAGCGUUCGGUUUGCAUUUGUCAUUUUCACCCUAUGGAAUGAGAGUUUUGGGUUCCAUAUGUAUUAUGAAUUUGGUGCCGCGGACCAAGAAUAAAUUAGAUUCUGGCGUGUAA